AUGAGUGGUGCAGGUCUCAGCUGGCCCGCACUCGUGCAGCCUUACCGCGGUCGACUCGAAGAGUGGUUUGGCGCGCCAGAGAAGCUUCAUGCAUCCUUUGACGCUAGAGAAGAGCUCGUGGAGUUGCUUAGGAGUUGUGAUAAAACUUUGCUGGAAAGCAGUGUUGCCUUGAUCGCAGAUGCUCUUCUUGAAUGGCAUACUGAUGUUUCCCGAUUGGUAGCCAGUGGGCGCAGGGAAGCAAGGAGGCGCUUGACAGAGUGCUUGCCCAGUGUCCCGGGAACUGGCCUUAGCCUGCAUGAGCAUUACAAUCAGAUCGCACUUCAGAGUCCACUCGCGUUGCUUCCGGUUCUUCGCAAGCGAAAGUUAGCUACUGAUAGGGUCGUAGAUCGCGGUGCUAGGGCCACGGAAGAGACACGACUUCGGCAGGAGUAUGCAUUGCGUCUUGCAGCCAUCAUACAGGAGGCGCAACUGCCGGUGUGCAAGGUGCUUGCAGGGGUCAGCAAUGCCGAGGAAGCUUGGCCACGGUUGUUCGGGACCCGCCGCUCCAAGACAUUGAGGAAUCGCUUUAGGGCUUGGGAUAAGUUUCGGGAAUGGUUGCUUUAUAGCCGUGGCAGAAGCUAUCCGGAAGGGGUAGCUGAUGUGCUAGACUAUGCCAAUGAACGAUUCCGGGAAGGAUGUGGAAAGACAGUUCUCGAAAGCCUGCAAGCAUCUCUCAGUGUACUUGAAGGUGUAGGGCGCGUGCCGUCUACGCAGCAGAUAUCUCAGGAUCCCACAUGGCAGGCGCAGCUCAAAAGUUACACAGCUGAUUUGAUUUCGGCGGCACCGCCGGAGCAGCCAGCCAGCAUGCUCACCGUUGCUAUCGUUCUCGCAUGUGAGAUCUUCAUCUGCACGCCUGGGGAGCCGAGUUACUUGAGGGCAUUGGGCUUUGUAUGCUUAUUGAUGGUUUGGGGCUCACUUCGGGCCGAUGAUGUUCAGGGGCUCCUGCCGCAGACCAUGCUUCUGGACGAGCGAGGGCUUAGCAUUGAUCUCGCACGGUCCAAGACCACAGGGCCCGACAAAAGGACCCACACCGUCAAGGUCUUCGUGGAACGGAGUAUCUCUCUGACAGGGCAUGAUUGGCUGAAGGCCGGAUAUGCACUUUGGAAGGAUUUCGAUUUUGAGAGGGAUUAUUUGGUUUUGAAGGCCAAUGAAGGUUUCACGGAACCCCUUGAGAAGUCGGUGCCUGCCUCCACGGUGGCCCUUUAUUUCCGCAAAGUUCUCAGUGAAUUGAAGACGCCCAAGCGUGAGGGGCGCACCUGGAAGGCCAAUGAUCAGCGUCCACUGCUCCCAGGAUACACUUCGAGUCAUUUUACGGGCCACUCUGCGAGGAACUUCCUUAGCUCGGUCGGAGCGGCCAUCGAUGUCGACCCCAGGGAGCUGGAUUAUCUGGGUCGCUGGAAGGUAGGUGGCGAAGGUUCUGCAACAUACAUUCGCACUUCUAGGCAGGUUGUGCAUCGUCUCCAGAACCACAUUGCCUGUUCUCUUGUCACCGGACAGCCUAAGCACUACAUUGAGGUGGAUUCCAUCAAGGCUUUGACGGACUAUGCAGCUAAGGCUGGAGAGAGCGAAUCUCAGGUUCGUCGCCGUCACACCCUCCUCGAGGGAUCAAAAGGCUUGGGCGGAUCGUGGCCAACUCUGGCAUUGGAAGUGGGUGUUGCGGCACCACCUUCUCCAGUCGAGCAGGUCUCGAUGCCAGGCAGCCGGGGGGAUUACUUCAUCGUUACCUCUCGCACCACAGGCCUGAGGCGUUUGCACAUGUUGGGUUGCUAUGUCAAGCCUGAGAAUUGUUACGAUGUAAAAUUUGUCAAUCACGUCGGCGCGGAGGACGUCGAUAGCAUUUGCAAAGAUUGCAAAGCAAGAAUGAAGGCUCAGGCCGGAGAGGAGGAAUCAGACCCCUCCAGCAGUGACAGUGGGAAGAAGUCUCACUCGGCGCAGGCCGUGAGGUGCCGACGGAUUCCGCAUCCUGUCACAGGCCUCAGGGCGACGGGUGGACACAUCGCAGUGCAGCUAAAGGCCUCAGGGCGGCUAGCAAUCAAAGUCCUACAGGGCCACAGGCGAUUCCAGGCUAUCGCCGAUUCCCGGCCGGAAGCUCGGGCUGCUGGGAAGGCGGACUUCGGAUUGGAUGAUGGGGCUGCAGAAGGGCGACAACAAAUCGCGGGGGUCGUCGCUGCAUGGGAACUAGCGCACGACGUAAUCAGCAAAGAGACGGAAACGCGAGCAGAGGCGAAAGUGUUAGGCCAGCCGCGAAUCUUGCAAGUCACAGAGAGGCAAGCAAUGCUCAAGGCAGUAGCGGCCGUUCACGGGCAGCUGGGAGAGUCGGAGACUCCAUCGUCUGAGUACCUCGCUCUCAAGUGCGAGGAGUGCGAAGCCAAUGAGCCUCAGGCUUCAACCUUGGAUGCCAUAACUUCUAAGAAGAACACGCUUACCACGAGCAUCCAGUCCAGCCUUGACGCUUCGGGGCGGAUUCAUAUUACUCAGCACAAAUCCAAGAGUGAGCUUCCGACUACUACUGAAGCUUAUCGCAAGGUCCUUCGCGUGGAAGCUUUCACAUGGCUAUGCAUGGCAUCCCGCUUCAAAUCCAAGCAGUGGCUUCAGGAUCUCAAGCUGUCUGACUUCGACCACUUCGUGAACUACAUCCUUGGCGAAAAGGUCGCCCAGCUCUCAGUGCCUACGUCUCAUCAGCCAGCCGAUGAGACCUACUUCACGACGCCGCUCGCAUUGUCCAUCAUUGAGCGACCACGCAAGUGGCACAAAGGCAAGGGCAAGAGCAAGGACGAUCACAUCGCCUACCAGCCUCAGCUGUACAGUCCGAGCGGGCUUCGUGUGCUCUACAUUUUCGCGGGGCCACAUCGCAAAGGUGAUGUGGGCUCUUACCUUCAGUCUUUGGGCAAUGUCACUAACCUUCUUCAGUUCGAUCUUCAGCGCUCCACAGAGCAUGACUUGACUAAGGAAGGAUUGUGGCAGCACAUCUUUCAGUUGCUUGGCGAAGGGGAUUGGAUCCUCAUUGUGGAGCAGGCUAAUUAUUUUCUUGAUCAGACCGUGACGGCAUGUCAACUUGCAUGGCAGUAUGUCCUUGAGCACCCGGAGGAUCUCGGUGCGACUCCGGAUCACGAGUUACCAGCUUCCAUUUGGCAACUACCAGCUCUGCGUGAACUCCAGGUUUCCACUCAGGCCAUCACUUUUGCAUUCUUUCAGUGUAGCUUUGAGGCUCCCACUUCUAAACCUAUCCGCCUUCUCACUAAUCUCACGGCCUUUGUCGAGCAGCCUCCGCCUUUUGCUUCAUGGCCACGCUUCGACUCCAGCGAUCGCUACGUGGGGCCGUUGCCGCCACGUUGCCCGCACGGGAAACACGACAAGGUACUUGCAGGCCGGGAAGGCACCCGCUGGGCGACCGAGUCAUCGGCAGCCUAUCCUCCUCUGUUGUGUGAGUGGCUUGCGCAUGCUGUGCUUGCUUCCGCUUCGCAUGGGGGACUUGGGUCAGCGUCGCACAGCUUCGUUCCAGGUGAGGCAGGUCCAAUGCAGGAGGUGCUCCAGGAGGAGUCUUGUGAGGCGCCUCAGGUUUUGCCACAGGAGGUGCAGCAGGAAUCCCACGAGGCGACGCAGGAGGUGCAUCAGGAUUUAUGUGAAGUGCCGCAGGGAGUUUGCACGCAUCAUUUCUUCAUCGAGGGCUUGUACCGGCAGGGUGGAGGCCUGAUCGGGCUCAGGUCCGCGUGCAAAGGCUUCCCGGCUUCCACUGAAGCAUUGGCCGCAUUCGUGCGUAGCAACAUGCCCGGGCACCCUUUUACCACGAUUAGCCUUUACCUUAACACUGGCACCAAGCCCCACAAAGACUCCAGGAACGCACCUUUGCCCAAUGGGAUAAUCGGGGUUACUGACUUCGUAGGAGGAGAGAUCUGGGUCGAGGCCCAGGGUGGUGAGUCUGUUCAGAUAGUUGACGGUAAACGCUUAAGUGGUCACCUCCUUCCGAUCAGUGAGACACCCACUUACAUACAUGCUUACCGCGAUCUUCACCUCACAAUGCCCUGGAAAGGUAAGAGAUUAGUCAUCAUAGCUUUCAGUGUGUCGGAGCAUACUCAGGCAUGCGACGAGGAUCUCGCGCUUCUUCGCGGGCAGGGUUUCGUCCUUCCGGGCGAAGAGCCCAGUGUUGAUCUUGAGGCGGUCCAGUCGGAUGAUUCGGAGGUGCUGGAGGGGGGCGAGGCCGAAAGACCGGAGCCCUUCAAGCAUCAGGAGUGCCACAACAUCGGGCUGCCUUUGAACCUCGAGUGGGACGGCAAAACUCAGCCGAUCACGGAUGGCUUUGGGCUCUGCUCACCCACUAGAUGGCCUCCGGAAUCCAGGGGGGGCCUGCUGCCCAAACAGGCUUUGGAGUUCGCCACUGCCAUGCAUCAAGUGCUUCGAGACUUUGUAGCGGACGUUGUGCCUGAUGUCAGGCGCACGGCGAUGGAGCUUGCACUAGGCCGCCUUAAGGAAUCACCUUUCUCUCCAGAGAUGUUAGGGAUCCUUAGGAAAGAGUGGUUUAGCUGCAUAGAGGCUGCUUCGGGAGGCAAGUGUACGGAUCUUGAUGUGGUGCCGAGUGGCCAGCCAUUCCUCUUGCAUGCUGUGUCUGCGACAGCGCGGCUGUUGCAGGACCCAGAUUGGAAAGCCGUUUCCUGCCAGGAGGACUCCUAUGUCAGCGGGGUCGCGAUCGGUUAUGACUGCCCCGCGCCUCACUUGCCACAGGUGUACGAGUACAAAUACAAGUCCCGCAAGCUCGAUGAAUCGGAUGCCGAGUGGCAUCGCGAGAAUUAUUCGUCGGCAAACGAAACAUCGGAUCAGCUUGAGAAGAAGUUUGCAGAGGAAGAGGCUCUUGGGCGCAUGGAGGCCACCUUUUGCCUCACCGGCGAUGUGACGGUGCGCAACGACACGCCGGUCGUUUGGUACAACAAAGUAGGAACAUUCGGUAUAUCAUCAUCCGCCUUCCUUUGGUCUAGAUUGUUCGGAGUCAUCGGCCGCUGCACCGCACGCUUUCUGUUGACCUUGUGGUUCUAUCACCUCAUCUUUGUAGAUGAUGUUCACGCCAACUUCGCAGGAAGGGAGAAAUUUCAUCAUUUGCUCAUGUGGCUAGCAUGCUUCGAGAUGUUUGGCACACCUUUCGCAUACAAGAAGUUCCGCGGUGGGCUCACUUCGGCUUUUGUGGGUUACGAACUUUCUUAUCCAGACCAGAGGGUUGGAAUUUCGGAAUCGCGGGGCCAGUGGCUCUUGAAAUGGAUCGCUGAGGCCCGGUCCUCGAAGUUUGUUGUGUCGGUUCGCAAGUUUGCUGAGUUCUUAGGUAGACUGGGCUUCGUUGCUCGGCUUUUAGUUUGGCUUAAGGCACACCUUGCACCGCUUUACAGCUGGAGGGCAGCGGUGAACGACAGUUCAGUCGCUCGGAUGCCCGAUACCGUCAUCCUUACUCUUGAAUAUCUUGACCUCACGUUCAGGGACAUGACGUUCAAGGUCGCCGCAGCAAGAUCGGUCAAGAGGGCAGGCGUGGCCUUCCGCACUCAUGCAAAGUGUGCGGACGGGUACGUGGUCCUUGGGGGUUGGGAUUGCGCAGGCACAACUCAGGAGUCCAGGUGGUUCUCACUUCGACUUGCUCCUUCAGAGGCCCCUUACCUCUUUGACUCAGAAGGUCAUAGUCAGUGGGCUUCGGCAUCGGCUGAACUGCUGGCCACGCUGGCCGCAUUGCACAUCUUCGGUCACCUUGAAGCCGGACCAACUAGGCGUUUGAUGAAGGUUGAGGUUUUAGCUCAGACGGAUAAUAAGUCUAACGAGGGCUUGACUCGCAAGGGUUCUACAACGCGCUGGCCCUUGCUCAUGGUGAACAUGCAGCUCACCCAUGUUCUCAUGAAGGCCGGCUUGCGGUUGAACUUGGGAUGGCGUCCCCGGGACGAAAAUCAGGAGGCCGAUGAUUUAACCAACGAAAUCUUCGACCGUUUCUCUGAGGAGUUGCGGGUCCCAGUGCAGUACUCCGAAUUGCCGCUUUCCUUUCUUCACACUCUUUACGAAGCCAGGCUUGCACAGCUGAGCACCCGUGAAGUGGAUUCCAUCCGCGACACGGUCGGUGGCAGGCCACGCUUCAGAGGCAAGAGAAAGAGAGAGAAGUCUCCUUGGUGA